AUGAGGCCUGACGCAGCUUUUGGAUUCGUCGCUGCUUCAGCGUUAACGGACUUCACUAGUUCAAAUCAGUAUCCGUUUCGCCCCUCUCCGGCCACCAUUUGCUGCCAUGCUCUUUCCGAAAGAGGCCUUGCCGUAUCUUACCCGGAUUCUCCCACAUAUAACGAGCGCACGCAAUCGUACUGGUCGGUGGCCGCACAACUGACACCCUGGUGCAUUGUCCAGCCCAGCGAUACGCACGAAGUCGCACUCUCCCUGAAGGUGCUUCUCGCUGACCCCGAAUGCGGGAUCGCUGUGCGCAGUGGCGGGCACACCACCUUUGCCGGUGCCAGUAAUAUCGAAGAUGGCGUCACCAUCGACCUCGGCAACAUGAACAACACGGUCUAUCACCCAGAGAACAGCACGGCUUCUCUGCAGCCAGGUGCUCGCUGGUUACAAGUCUAUCAGACCCUAGACGCUCUCGGUGUCACCGUCCCUGGUGGUCGGGCCGGCACUGUGGGCGUAGCUGGGCUGAUCCUUGGAGGUGGUAAUUCUUUCUAUUCUGCGAAGACAGGAAUGGUGUGCGAUAGCGUUGUGGGCUAUGAAAUGGUGACAUAUACAGGCGAUGUCAUAUACGUCACCAACGAUACGUAUCCUGAUUUGUUCAAGGCGCUAAAGGGUGGCGGUUCGAACUUCGGAAUUGUCACGAAAUUCAACAUGAUAGCCUUUGAGUCGCCGAGGCUCUGGGGCGGCGCCGUGACCUACAAUAAGACGGCUGGGCCUGAGCUCCUCGAGUCCAUGGUUGACUUCACGGAGAACAUCGAGAAAGAUCAGGCCAGCUCCAGCAUCAUCUUCUGGACAUUCCAACCCGCACUCCAGGAUACCAUUAUCGUUGCCGCGUAUGAAAACACUGACGGAGUUGUGGCUGGACGGUCAUUCGACAAAUAUCUCGCGAUCCCUGAGAACCUUACUUCUACCAUGAGGGAGACAAAUAUCUCGGACAUUACUCACGAGCUGGAACAGCCAGCCGGAUACAUUGAUAUUUGGUUCACCCUCUCUUUCAAGAAUGACCAACGCGUUCUCGUGCACGCGGUAUCGACGCACAACCAACUUGUCGAGGACAUGCUCGCUCAGUCUCCCGACGGCGAUUUCAUCACCCAGUGCAUGUUCCAACCGCUCCCGACAAUAUUUGCAAAGCACGGGACAGCACGUGGCGGCAACGUCCUCGGCCUCGACAGGCUUACUGAUAACGCGGUUCUCUGGCUCGCAACCCUGGCUGUCAAGGGUGCAGAUCAGGAGGAGUUUGGACGAGCGAAGAUGGUUGCUUGGGUCAAGAAUGUGCAAGAUUACGCGAAGUCGGUCGGGGCACAUGUGGAGUGGCGGUAUCUCAACUACGCUGAUUAUACACAGGACCCUCUUGGCAGUUAUGGCGCUGAGAAUGUGGAGUUCAUCAGGGAGGUGGCAGCAAAGUACGAUCCCGAAGGCGUUUUUCAGUCAAAAAUUCCUGGGGGGUUCAAGAUCUCGAAGUCGUCUUGA